GCCCAAUCUACCUGGACGCAUGUUUCCAGAACAAUGUCCCAACGGAGCGCCGUUGUGAUGCAGCAUAUACCCGGAUAUUGCGGCCCAGGAUCCGAAAUCCUGGCCUUGAAGGCUUGGUGCAUGUGUUGCUUAUAUUUUAUAUCUGGUCCAUGUCUCGUCGGUUUUCUCCAUCAGCAGCUCCUAGAGCUUGUCGACCGUGGCAAUGUCUGACUUCAAGGAGAACACAGCUACAAACAUCAACACAACGAUGUCAGAUCAUGGUGAUCCCAAGGCUGUGGCCGAGGUGAAAAUCAUCUCUGGCUCCGAGGCCAUCGCAGAGGCCAGGCUCAAGGAGCCUCCCAAAUGGUUUACAAAGUCCUCCGUGCUACUCUAUCUCUGCGCUUUUGUUGGCUUCUUCUGCUCUACAUGCAACGGCUUCGACGGGUCCAUGUUCAACGCCCUUCUCAUCAACGACACGUUCAAGAAGUACUACAAUGUCCAGAGUGAUGGCGCCUGGGCCGGCAUCAUCACCUCCAUGUACCAGAUCGGUGGCGUCGUCGCUCUUCCGUUCAUUGGACCUGCUUGUGACACUUGGGGUCGUAGAUAUGGAAUGAUGAUUGGAGGUGCGCUUGGUGUUGUUGGUGUUAUCAUUCAGUCUACUGCCCCAGCACACAACCCGAAAGGCCAAUUCAUGGGUGGUCGCUUCUUGCUUGGAUUUGCUGUUCCGAUCAUGACUACUGCCGGACCACUUCACGUCAUCGAGACUGCCCAUCCUGCUCAUCGCGGAAUUAUCACGGGUCUAUACAACACUUUCUGGUUUGUCGGGAGUAUCCUAGCAGCCGGUGUUGCCCGCGGCACGACCAACCUACCAGGCAACCAAACCUGGAAGGUUCCUGUGUGGCUCCAAAUGCUCUUCCCAGCCCUUAUCCUCCUCCUGGCUUGGUUCUUGCCUGAGUCCCCCCGUUGGCUCUACACGAGAGGCAAACACACAGAGGCUAAGAGGAAUCUCGCCAGGUUCCAUGGCAACGGUAAUGAGGAUAGCAUCUGGGUGACUAUGCAGCUUCGAGAGUACGAGCAGUACCUCAACAUGGACGGUGGUGACAAGCGCUGGUGGGACUACGGUGCGCUGUUCAAGUCCCGCCCUGCUCGCUACCGUCUUGCUUGUAACUGUUGUGUUGCCAUCUUUGGUCAGUGGGCGGGUAACGGUGCAGUUGAUUACUUCAUCGAUGCGGUACUCAAGUCGGCGGGUGUCACAGACCAGCUCCAGAAGAUGAACAUUAACCUCGGCAAGUCCUGCAUGCAGUUCACCUUUGCUGUCAUCGGUGCGUUCUUCGUCGAUAAACUCGGUCGCCGACCCAUGUUGAUUGGAACUUUCUCCGCCGUCUCAUUCAUCUGGAUAGCCGCCAUCGCCGCCGUUGCUAUCAACGACAAGCAGCACACCGACUCCUCUAGCAAAGCUUUCGUUGCUUUCGUCUUCCUCUUCAACGCCGUCUUUGCCUUUGGUAUCACGCCGCUCCAGGCUUUAUACCCCGUGGAGGUUCUCUCGUUCGAGAUGCGUGCCAAGGGAAUGGCUUUCUCCAACUUGUCGCUCACCGCCGCCAUGUUGAUUAACCAGUUCGCUUACCCCAUUGCUCUCGGCACGAUUAAGUGGAAGCUGUACAUCGUCUUUGCUUGCUGGUGUCCAGUUCAGGCCUUCGUUGUCUGGCUCUUCAUCCCAGAAACGAAAAACAGGACGCUUGAAGAGAUCGACGACAUCUUCAACUCGCCGAAUCCCCGCAAUGCUUCGCUCAUCAAGAAGAAGAUCGCCGCCGAUUCUCAUGGUAACGUUGUUGAGGUUGAGAAGAUCUAAGCGACCCCCUGUGUGAAUUAUCAGUUGGAAUGAUAGCAGCAGUUGUUUCCCUGACAGGAGUCUUGGUAGUGACACGAGAUCUGAACUAUAGACUGGAAUAAAUGAAGGUUAUCAGGUACAGCUGUAGUAACCUGGUAAUUCUUAAUAGCACAACGUUGGGCAGAUCGUGUGACUGGUCAGAUACUCGUGCGCGAAUAUACACUCCCAUUCCGGCAUCGCCUACUCGU